UCAGUUUUACAAUCACCCAUGUUCUAAAAUGGCGUCGUCCGAAACUGGAAUGACAUCUGAACAGGAGAUGACAGACACAGCAGAGGAAGGGGAGACAACUAUGAACACCAGUGAAGCCCACUCCCCCUUCCAUCACUCUGAGGACUCCAAUUCCACUAACAAUGAGACGGAAGAGACUGAGAGCGCAGUGUCUACAGAUCGGGAGAACUCGUGGACUGUUCCCAGCACCCCUACCACAGGCCUCACGUCAUUGCCGUCCACCCCAGUCAAGAAAGACAUGACCCCAGGUACAGGUUCUGGCUUCCCAGUGCGCCCCGGUAUAGCCUGGAGGAAGGGGGAGAGAGUCGAGGCAAUGGAUUUCCUUAAUAACUGGUACCCAGCUAAGAUCAUGGACAUUGAUGAGGAAGACAAAACUGUACUGAUCCACUUCGAAGGUUGGAACCAAAGAUACGAUGAGUGGACUGUCAUGACAAGCGAAGGGAUCCGACCGCUCACGCGACACUCAGAGCGGAAAGAACGAGGCAAGAAGAAGAUGAGAGAUGGCAAAAUGGCCACAAUACCUAAGGAGGUGCGGAGAGGGCGUCGGUCCAGUGAAGGUCGCAGGCAAAGUGCAGAGAAGGUACGAUCAACUAGCCAAGAGAUCAAGGACAAAGGUGAGAAGACUGGUCUUACUGAAAGACGUCGGAAGCACAAGUUGAUUGUAGCCGGAUCCUUCCUGGCUAAGAGGGAAAGGUCAACCAGUGCACCAGGAUUGGUAGCCAAGCCAAGGCAGAAGAAGAGUGAAGUCAAAGGGAACAGAAGGAAAGGGUUUGGUAUGAAAAGCAGCCCUCGGAAGGGCUUCAGUGUGAAGACAAGUCCAGUUCCAACGAAGCUGUACACUCCGCGUGUUAGUCCCUUGCAGGCGAAAAGAGACACAUCUGCUGCAGGAGAAACACCUGAAGUCAAAACAGAAAAGCGGGGCAAGAAGCGUGCACUUUCUCUGCCUGCUGAGGAGGCCAGCCCCAGUCUUUCCGGAGAUCAUCUCCACACACCCUCGUCAGCCCCAGCAGUAUCAGCCAAGAGAGCCAAGUCUACGGAGAAAGAUAAAUCUGGAGGUCUAGCCCCCAAGGAGUUUGUGAUACAGCCAGAUCACAACCUGUUCAAGUGUAUGAUCCCUGGUUGCACCAAGAGCUUCCGGAAGGAGAGCCUGCUGGACUACCACUUCAAGUACUACCACACAGAAGAACCCCGCACUCCACAGACUCCAGCCUCCAGGACCAAGAGGCGCAAGACCUCCAGCAUAUGUUCCACUGACAGUGAUAUAUCAGUGUCCUCCAAGGGGAAGACAACUCCAGGUGAAAUUAGUUCAGCAAAACGCAAGCGCCACAUCUCGUCUGCAAGUGAGGUUCUGAAGGAAGAACCUGUGGCUGAAAUCAAGAAAGAGGAAGUGAUUGAAGUAGAGGAAGAGAAAGUUGCCAUGGCAACACCUUUGAUCCCAGCAACUCCUGUGACACCUGGCCCAGCAGAAAUGGGGAAGCCAGCAGUCGCUGAUACGAGUAUGAUAGAGGAAGCGUCGCUACAGGAAACAGAGGAUGAGGCUGUAUCCGAGGAGGUGGUCAACUGUGUGUGUGGAUACGAUGAAGAAAACGGGUUGAUGAUACAGUGUGAUGUGUGCCUCUGCUGGCAACAUGCCAGCUGUUUCAGUAUCAAGUAUGAGUCUCUGCCGUCUAAAUACAUCUGCUUUGUGUGUGAAAACCCACCAGGAGUUCGUGACAGUCGGCGUUACAUCCAUGACCAGGACUGGUGCAAGACUGGACGUCUUAAAACAUUCAGCUUCUUAGAUGUCAAGCAGUCCAGUGACAACACGGCGGUGAAGGCCACCAAUACCCUCAUCGGGGACAUCCUCAACGUGAAGUCAGCGCUGCACUCCCUCAAACAGGAGAUUCAUGUAGCUGGCCAUGAAAAUCACCCUGAGAUGCGCACCUGGAGACGAGUUUGUGAAGAGAAAAGAAAGAAAGCAAGAUCUGCUGCAACUGCAACAACAACUACGGCUUCAUAUACUACAGAAACUACAACGGUGACAGCAGUGAACCAGUCUGAUACCAUUGACCCAUUGACCACUGAUACCCCUCCAGCUGUUUAUGAGUCAGACAACACAAAACAUGAAGUUUCAAAAGAGACUACUAACAAAAGUCAUGACACUUCAACUGUGGUAACGUUUUCUCUUGAUACUGACAAUGCUGAAAGAGAGAAGCCCAAUAUAGCAGAGCAGGAAAGCCCUUUGUCGAAGUCCAUGGGUUGUCAAGCUUCAUUAGAUCUAUCUGGGAGUAGUCUAGAUCGAUCAGAUGAAAAGUCCUUUGACAUAUCCAUGGGUGACAAUGACAGUGAUACGUCUACCAUGACUGCCUCUGAGUCAUCUGUUGGUUACAUCAGUUGUCUCCCUUCAGGGCCGUCUGCUUCUUUAGGAGCAGACGACAGCCUGACAUUGCCAUCUUGUGACAAUUUGGAAAAAUCAGACAUGGCUGGUGAAGUUAAAAUGGAACAGUUUAAAGUCAAAGUUGAGCUACCAGAGUCAGAGAAGGAAGAUGUUCUGGAUGAAGAAGUUGAGUUUGAGGAAUGUCAGCGGGAACUCCUGCUGCACAUUGUCAGGGUCCAGGCCGGGCUUAGUGACCGUCUCGACCUGAUAGAGGAUCAGAUAGAAGCAAUGGAGAAGGCCGAUUCUACCCAGCGUGCACCACAGUCAUUAUCUCAGACAAACCAGACUCAGACUACUCCAGCACCUGCCAAGUCCAUCCUUGGAGAUGUACCAACUCUCAAGAAAUCCCUGCAUUCUCUCAUUCGGGACCUGGGCAAGGUCAAGUCAAUGGCUGCCUACCAUUAAGUAAAGGGAGACAGUUGGUGUCUUACCUAUCACAGCCACAUGUUCUCAUAAAGACAAGAAAUACACAUUGGAACUACUGUAAAGAGAAAAGUGUUAUUUGACAUGAAGAUAUGUGGGGUUUGUCUUUGUUCAAUAUACUUCUAUGCUUUAACAUGGAAUUUGUUCAACAAUGAAGCACUAGAUGUUUUGUGACAUUUGUACAAAAAAAAUAAACAUCAAAAGCAUU